ACCUUGGGCCCACCCCCUGUGUUUCCGCCUUUGUGACAUUCUGGCCUGGUGUCUUGCAGCCCAUCAGCAACGCGGACUUCGUGGUGCCAGUGGAGAUCGAGGGGACCACCCACCAGGUGUACGUCCUGAAGAGGCCGCACGUGGACGAGUUCUUGCAAAGGAUGGGCGAGCUGUUCGAGUGCAUCCUGUUCACCGCCAGCCUGGCCAAGUACGCCGACCCCGUCACUGACCUGCUGGACCAGCGCCGUGUGUUCCGGACCCGGCUGUUCCGGGAGUCCUGCGUCUUCCACCAGGGCUGCUACGUCAAGGACCUGAGCCGGCUGGGCCGCGAGCUGAGCAAGACACUGAUCCUGGACAACUCGCCCGCCUCCUACAUCUUCCACCCCGAGAACGCAGUGAGUACCCCCUCCUCCGUCUUCCACCCCGAGAGUACAGUGAGUACCCCCCUCCUGACCCCCGAAAUCCUCCGUCUUCCACCCCGAGAGUACAGUGAGUACCCCCCUCCUGACCCCCGAAAUCCUCCAUCUUCCACCCAGAGAGUACAGUGAGUACCCCCCCCUGAGCC